CUCAUAUUUAAGAAUUAUCUAUGGCUCUGUAAUUUUGUUGCGCAAUAGACUGGAACAUGGAGACACAGCUAGACCCCAUGAAAGAUGACUUGCCCUUAAUGGCCAACACCAGCUACAUGCUUGUAAAGCACUACAUCUUGGACUUGGAUGUGGAUUUUAAAAGUAAAGUUAUUGAAGGCAGCAUAGUAUUGUUCUUUGAGACUGGAAGCCAAAACAGGAACACCAGCAGUACUGGCAAUGACGGCUGCCAGUCACAGUUUGAUGAAGCCUGUAAAAUGAGGACAUCUGAACCCUGCCACGUUGCUGUGACAAAUAUGAGUGGCUGUUCUUCCAAAACAAAAUAUAAUGAGUUUGCUGUCUGUGGUAAAGGUGGGGAAGAUACUUCUGAUAAAAAAGGUAACCGUAGCAACAAGGAACAGACUUCUGCGAUUUCUAGUUCAAGGGACAACUGUGACAUAGCAAAUCAUGGGAAUAAGGAUUUUCUGCUCAUUUUGGACUGCUGUGAUUUAUCUGUGGUAAAGGUUGAGGAAGUAGAUGUUGCUGCUGUGUCAGGCAUUGAAAAAUUCACAAAGUUUGGCAAUCUAACUGGUGCUUCAAAGGAGCUGGAAAAUCUCAGGAAUCAAAUUGUACAUGAACUUGUGACUUUACCUGCAGAUCGCUGGAAGGAACAGCUACAUUAUUUUAGUUGCUGCAGCCAGGCGCCAGGCUGUGGAGAGCUUCUAUUUACUACUGGUGCCUGGAGCUUGGAGAUAUGGAAAUCAGGAAUUCAGACUCCAACAGACUUUCCUCAUGCAAUAAGAAUAUGGUACAAAACCAAACCAGAGGGAAGAUCUAUUACAUGGACUACAGACCAGAGUGGCAGGCCAUGUGUCUAUACAAUGGGAUCACCAAUAAACAACAGAGCCCUUUUCCCAUGCCAAGAACCACCCAUUGCCUUGUCAACAUGGCAAGCAUCAGUCCGAACAGCUGAAGGCUUUGUUGUGUUGACAAGUGGUGAAAAUUCAGCAGAACCAGUCCAACUUCAAGAAGGUAUCGCAAGCUGGUAUUACUAUGUCACUAUGCCAAUGCCAGCAUCCACCUUCACUAUUGCUGUGGGGUGCUGGCAGGAAGUUGCACAGCAGUCCUGCACAGCUGCUAUCCAGACAAGCACUGAGUUUUCCUUGCCUUUGCAAGCCGAUUCCAGGUUGGUAUGGCAUAAAGAAAUCUGUGGUCAUGGGGAAUAUCCCUGCCGUUUCCAAAAUCCUGCUGCCAAGUUGCAGGCCGUCAUUCCAUAUAGAGUCUUUGCUCCCUGGUGCCUUAUGGGAUACUGUGAAGAACAUUUGCUUCAGCUAAUCCCUCGUUGUCUCUCAGCUGCUUACAGCACACUGGGUACCCACCCCUUUUCCAGGCUUGAUGUUUUGAUAGUUCCUUCCAACUUCUCCAGUCUGGGAAUGGCUAGCCCACACAUCAUCUUCCUGUCACAGAGUGUACUACCAGGGGGGAGCCAUCUCUGUGGAACACGACUGUGCCAUGAAAUUGCUCAUGCUUGGUUUGGACUGGCCAUUGGUGCUCGUGAUUGGACGGAAGAGUGGCUAAGCGAAGGGUUUGCCACUUUUCUAGAAGAUAUCUUUUGGGCUAGGGCUCAACAGCUGUCACAUGAUGAAGUAAAAGGGCAGCAGGAAUUGAAAGCUUUACUUCACUGGCGCCGACUCAGAGAUGAGGUGCAGAACUCUGAAGAAGAGCUGCAAGUUUUAAGGCCCAAAAAGGAGAGCACAGGAGAGCUGAGUGAAUCUGGAGCAUCUGUUGUCAAACAUGGUCUUAAAGCAGAAAAAAUCUUUAUGCAGGUUCACUAUUUGAAGGGUUAUUUCCUUUUGCGGUCUUUGAUGAAGACAAUAGGAGAGGAUCAAAACCUUGCAUCUUUACGAAAAUUUGUCCAUCAGUUCCAUGGGCAGCUUGUCCUUUCUCAGGAUUUUCUUUGUAUGCUGUUGGAAGACAUCCCUGAACUCAAAAAAUCUGGGUUAACUGUAGAAAGUAUCUUCCAGAAUUGGCUUGACACUUCCGGAAUGCCAAAGCCUUUGCUUGAGGAGGAUGAGAGUUGGAAGGAGUGUCAGCUCGUCCAGCAAGUGAGCGGCGAGGUGGCAAAAUGGAUUCAGGCAAACCAGAGGAUCAGAAAAAGUGGCAAAAAGAAAAGAAAGCCGGAUGAAGUUGUUUUCCAAAAGCUUCUCCCUGACCAGCUGAUCUUACUUCUGGAGUACCUCUUGGAGGAGAAGACGUUGUCUCCUGGAAUACUGCAGUGCUUAGAAAAGACAUACAGGCUCCAGGAGCAAGAUGCUGAGGUUCGUCAUCGGUGGUGUGAGCUUGUUGUUAAACACAAGUAUGUGCCUGGGUAUGGAGAUGUUGAGAAAUUUCUCAGAGAAGAUCAGGCAAUGGGUGUGUAUCUCUAUGGUGAAUUAAUGGUGAAUGAAGACGCGAGACAACAAGAACUUGCACACAAGUGCUUUGCUGCAGCACGGGAACAUAUGGAUGUGUCCUCAGCCAAAGUGGUGGCAGAGAUGUUAUUCUGAAAAGGAAAGAUCACAGAGAAACUCUUUUAAUAUAUCUCCUACUAAGCCCCGAUGGUACUAGGAUUUCAUUGACCCAAGACAUCAAAGGAAGGAUUGUGUGACUUCUAAAACAAUCAGCUAACAGAAACGUUUACCUGUCGGUAUUUAUGUCUUCCAGAGGCUCAUUGUAAUCAAGAAUUCGUGCACAUAAAACAAACUACACACGCACAUGGCUGUGGCUUUAGGUAGUUCUUUAAUACAAUAAAUUUGGGCUUUAUCCUUGCUCUUUGGC